UGCAUUUCUUCCGCGGCGAGGCGUCUGUGGACGCGCGCCCGCGCGUGUGAGUGUGUGUGAGUGUGAGCGUGCGUGCAUGCGACGGGGCCGCGGUGCGUGAGCGAAGGACGAGUGUGCUGCUCCGCCUGACAAUGGAGCUGCAAUAGGCGGGGGUCGGCGGUGGUAGCAGCAGCAGCACCAGAGGUAGCAGCACUGCCACCAAGAGCCUCCGCCGCCGCCUCCUCAGCCUUCCCGCUGCGACCCGCUCCUCCUCCUCCUCCUCCCUUGGCGAUGCCGAACCAGAAGAGUAACAAGGGCAAGAAGAACAAGCGCGCCAACAGCAGCGGGGACGAGCAGGAAAAUGGAGCCCUGGCCGCGACGGGAGCUGUGGGCGCCGGAGGAGUCCUGGCCGCUGUGGCUGCAGUCGGAGCAAGCGGGCCCAUGGUGGCUGCAGGAGGUGGAGGAAGCUCCGGCGGAGCGACGGCGGCGACGGGCUCGGCUUCGGGCGACUCCAAAAACGAAGCACCUUGUGCUACACCAUUGUUGUGUAGCUUUGGACGGCCUGUUGACUUAGAAAAAGAUGACUACCAGAAAGUUGUUUGCAACAACGAGCAUUGUCCCUACAGCACUUGGAUGCAUCUUCAGUGUUUUUAUGAAUGGGAGAGCAGCAUUCUGGCUCAAUUUAAUUGCAUCGGAAGAGCAAGGAGUUGGAACGAGAAACAGUGUCGGCAAAAUAUGUGGACCAAGAAAGGAUAUGAUCUUGCCUUCCGUUUUUGUUCAUGUCGAUGUGGGCAAGGCCAUUUAAAAAAAGACACAGAUUGGUACCAAGUAAAACGAAUGCAGGAUGAAAAGAAGAAAAAAUCAGGGUCCGAAAAAAGCAGUGGAAGAUCAACAUCUGAGUCUUCAGAAGAUCUUAAAAAGUGCAGGUCUGCUAACAAACCACAGAAAGGUUUAAACCAUGAUCUCCAACGACGGCAUUCAAUGGAUAGGCAAAACUCUCAAGAGAAAGGCACUUCUAGCAGUAGCUAUGCAGUACGUUCUCCCUGUGGUUCUCCUGGACAGUCCCCCCCUGCAGGUUAUUCUGUCCUUGCCCCCACCCAUUUCAGUGGACCCCGCUCUUCACGAUAUUUAGGAGAAUUUUUGAAGAAUGCAAUUCAUUUAGAACCUCAUAGAAAGAAUAUGGCCAAUAGUGGUAUGUUUAGAAAUGCUCACUUUGAUUAUGGGACAUCUGGGUUACAAGCACAUAGAUCAGGACAUUUUGAUGCUCCAGUACAAUUUUUGAGAAGGCUUGAUCUAUCUGAACUCCUUGCUCACAUACCUAGGCAUAAAUUGAACACUUUCCAUGUCCGUAUGGAGGAUGAUGCCCAAGUGGGUCAAGGAGAAGAUUUACGGAAAUUCAUUCUUGCAGCACUCAGUGCCAGUCAUCGAAAUGUUGUCAACUGUGCGUUAUGCCAUAGAGCAUUGCCUGUAUUUGAACAGUUUCCACUGGUGGAUGGAACCUUGUUUCUUAGCCCGUCAAGACAUGACGAAAUUGAGUAUGACGUUCCCUGUCACCUUCAAGGAAGGCUUAUGCACCUAUAUGCUGUUUGUGUAGACUGUUUAGAAGGGGUUCAUAAAAUUAUCUGCAUAAAGUGCAAAUCUCGGUGGGAUGGAAGCUGGCAUCAGCUGGGAACCAUGUAUACUUAUGACAUUCUAGCAGCCUCUCCUUGUUGUCAGGCUCGGCUGAACUGUAAACACUGUGGGAAACCUGUUAUAGAUGUACGUAUUGGGAUGCAGUAUUUCUCAGAAUACAGCAACGUUCAGCAGUGUCCACACUGUGGAAAUUUGGACUAUCAUUUUGUGAAGCCAUUUUCCUCAUUUAAAGUUCUGGAAGCUUAUUGACAAAAGCUUUGCCAUAGUAAUAGCUAUUUUAUGAGUAUUGUUCCAUUUAUUUUACAUAUCUUUUAUAAGAUCUGCUCUGUGAAGGGGAGGGGGGCUUUUUUUCUAAUUGAAAGGAAAGUGCAGCAAGCUUUGCGUGGUUAUGUACAUGUGUUCCUGUGUAGAUGUGUGUCAUUCAGACAGGUCCUCUUGCCAUGAUUUCAGUGAAGGCUAGAGAUGCAGCACCAUCUUUUUUUGUCUCUCUAUCAUAUUAUCCUAGCUCUUUUCCAGAUGUGUUGGGAUCACACUGCCUGGAUAUUCUGAAAAAAAUGUUCCAUCACAUCUGGGAAAUUGUCUAUAUUCACCCAGGUUGGAGUGAAAAUUCCAUUCUAUUUGUUCCCUUUAUUGUUAAAUGAAACAGUGACUUCAAGUUUUUGUAGGUUGGAGAGAUGAACAGAUUUUCAUAAACAUGUAGAAGAAAGAAAAUUGUAGGUCUGCCCAGAUGAAGCGGGAAACCCAGCAUCAUGGGAGUAGAGUUCUGCUUAUAGAUAAGGUCAGUGGUGGGAUUCAGCCAGUUCGCAUUGGUUCAGGCAAACUGGUUAUUAAAUUACUCACCCCUACUAUCA